AUGGGGGACUACAACGAUGCCUUCAUGCGCAACCAAAACGCCGCCGUACAGGCCCGUACGAAGGCUCAGAACCGAGCCAAUGUUAUGCAACUCAAGCUGAUUGGCCAAAGUCAUCCCACCGGUUUAACAAAUAAUCUUUUAAAGCUCUUUGAGCCUCGGCCUCCUUUGGAAUACAAACCACCUCCAGAAAAGAGAAAAUGCCCGCCAUAUACGGGGAUGGCACAAUUUGUCAAUGGCUUCGCCAAGCCGGGCGAUCCUGAUUAUGCUCCACCUGUCCCGGAGGCUGAAACUCCUGCACAAAGAAGGGCAAGGAUACACAAGUUACGACUGGAGGAGGGUGCGAAAAAGGCUGUUGAGGAGCUUGAGAAAUAUGAUCCAAAUAGCGAUCCAAAUGUUUCGGGAGAUCCCUACAAGACAUUAUUUAUUGCUAGGCUUAACUAUGAGACAACCGAGAGCAGAAUCAAAAGGGAGUUUGAGGCGUAUGGGCCUAUCAAGCGGGUUCGCUUGAUUACAGAUAAAGAAACUAAUAAACCCAAGGGCUAUGCAUUCAUCGAGUACAUGCAUACUCGAGAUAUGAAAGCUGCAUAUAAACAAGCUGAUGGGAAGAAACUUGACAACAAAAGGGUGCUUGUGGAUGUUGAACGUGGUAGAACUGUUCCAAACUGGCGACCUCGCAGACUGGGUGGUGGACUGGGAACAACCAGGGUAGGAGGCGAAGAAGUUAAUCAGAGGCAUUCUGGGAGAGAGCAACAGCAGUCAGGACCACCACGGUCUGAGGAGCCUAGGAUACGAGAUGAUCAAAGCAGGGAUAGGGAAAAAUCCCGUGAACGGGGAAGGGAGAGAGAAAGGGAACGGGAAAAAUCUCGUGAACGCUCUCAUGACAAGCCAAAGGAUCGUGAUCACAGGGAUGAUAGGCUCCACAGAGAUCGGGAUAAGAACAGGGACAGGGACAGGGGUAGGGACAGAGACCGGGGUCGUGAUCGUGAUAGAGCACGUGAUCGAGAUCGUGGACGGGAGCGAGAUAGAGAUCGGGACCGGGACCCUGAUCGCCAUCGCGACAGGGAGAGGGAUAAAGAUAGGGAUUCUGAAGUGGUUGACGCUGAUUAUGAUCGCGGACGUUCCCGUGAUAGAGAGUAUGAUUAUGACCGUGUUGAAUCAAAACAUGAGAGUGGUCGGCAUGGUGGUAGAGAUAGGAACGUUGAUGAUGUGCCUGAGGAUGAUCAGGGAUGGUAUGAACAGCCUGAGCAUGGGCAUAGGCGUAAAGAAGCAGAGCAUGACCGUGGACAUUACGAGUAUUAUGAACACCACGAAGGCCGGGGACAGUAUGAUAUACCUGAUGGACAGGGUGAUAAUGAUCGUUAUGGACAUUCUGAUCGUGACCAUGAUCAAUACGAUCAAAUGGAAGAGGACGGUUAUGGUGAUGAUCGAGCAAAAUCUGAACCACAGGAAAAGGAUCGUGAGUACCGGCGUUCAGAUAGGUCCCUUUCUCGUGAGUAUUGA